AUGGUAGACGGAGUUAUGAUUCUUCCUGUGCUGAUCCUGAUGGCGUUUCCCUCCCCGAGUUGGCAAGAUGAUGAACUGAAGCUAAAUAUGGUCCGCUACGAAUGUGUGUGUGAAGGCAUGUCCUGUGGGAAUGGAGAUCGUUGCCAAGGCCAGCAAUGUUUUGCUUCCCUGAGCAUUAAUGACGGUGCUAAGGUUUACCAGAAAGGCUGCUUCCAAGUCUAUGAACAAGGGAAAAUGACGUGCAAAACACCUCCGUCUCCUGACCAAGCUGUAGAGUGCUGCCAAGGAUACCUGUGCAACAUGAACAUCACUGCACAGUUGCCUUCUUCUAAAGGGCAAACCUUUCAAGGAGAAGCUGCAGGUUACAGCAUGGAAACACUAAUCAUUGUUAUACUGGCUCCUGUGAUAGUCUUGAUAGUUUUUUCUGCAGUAGCUGUGCUGAUCAUCCGGAGAAUACAGAAAAACCAUAUGGAGAGGCUCAAUUCUAGAGAUGCAGAAUAUGGCACAAUUGAGGGACUCAUUGCGUCAAAUGUUGGAGACAGCACAUUGGCCGAUUUACUGGAUCAUUCCUGCACAUCUGGAAGUGGUUCUGGACUUCCUUUCUUGGUGCAAAGAACGGUGGCUCGCCAGAUCACACUUGUAGAGUGUGUAGGUUAGUAGAAGUCU